AUGGCAAGCCAGAACAUGCAGUCGGCCGCGGCCAGGUCGAGUCCAGGCCUGCCGAAUCGCCGCAGGUUUGACGAAUCGUGGGUCGAGGUCUCCUCACAGCCAUCGUCUUCGUCACUGUCGAGCGUCGGCGACGAAAUCGUCACAACGGGCUUGCGCGUCGUCAGCCCAUUUCGCCGCCGCCGCCGUGUACAGCCUUCGACCAGAACGCAGCUGCCCCAGCGUCAUACAACUACUCCUGCCGCAGGGACGAGCAGCCAAGAAGAAUAUGAGGAGAGCGAGAGCGAGGAAGACCAGCUUCUCACAAGCUCAACGGAGAACACAAAGCCGGCACGCCAUGAGGUCAGCGACGACUCGGACGUCGACUCGGACGACGGCGACAACGCCACUGCCCUUGGCCGAGCAUCGGACCGACCCGUCUAUCGGCCUCAGCCCAACGCCUUCUCCCAUCCACCAUCCCACAUUCCUCGGCGAAGCCACUCUGCCACCAGCGCGGCACCUCCUCAUCCUCACGGUGGUUUCUCUCGACCGUCAUUCUCCCAGCGUUCGCAGACCAGAGUCCACCGCAACUUCAUGUCACCGACAAGCCGCGAGGACAACGAUGCGGCCUUGCGGGCAUCGCUGACGACCCUCUUAUCCUGUGCCGCAGCCGCCCGGGGUCUGCCCAAGACGAAGGAGGAAGCCGAAGCGCGACAGUUGGGAGGCAACGGCAUUGGCCCGAGCAAUCAACCCAUGGAACUCAGGCUGGUCCCCGAGUCCGAGUUGACGGAGAACGCAUCGCCGACGAGGACCAGUCGGAGUCCUCGGGCCACCAAGAAGAAGAAGACGGCGGCAGCCGUGGCCGAGGACGCCCUGAUCUCUCCCACCCUGCUGACCUGGGUGAUGAGCGCAGGUGUCGUCGUUCUCGUGUCGGCGGUCGGCUUCGGCGCGGGCUAUGUCAUCGGACGGGAGGUGGGUCGCCAAGAAACGCUGUCGGCGGGCGUGAGCGGCGUCAACGAGACGACGCGUUGCGGUCGCGAAGUCAUCCGCUCAUCUGGCGGCGGUCUCCGGAGGCUACGGUGGGGAGCGGUGGGGAAGAGCAUCGUUGCGCAGGCGUGA